GAUAGUGCCUCGAGCGCGCAUGUGCAACAUUCAUAGUACGCGACAAAAAAACUUUUUAGUGAUUUAUGAAGUGUACUUUAAGUUAUAGUGAUCGUACUGUACAUUAAUUAUAAGGUAAACAGUGACAGCACUAAUGUUAAUAACAAAGCCAUCAGAAAUAGUGAAUUUUAAAGUUACGUGUAUGUUUUGCGAGCAAAGGAUUUGAGCGGUUUGUAGCAGAUGAAACCCACACGUUUUAUAAUGAAUGAGGAAAUAGAAAACAUUAACAAUUUAUAGCAGGAAUAAUUCUGAAUACAAUAUGGAGGGAGUUAGGGUGACACAUCAGGGACUAAAGGCCCACACGCCAGAGGGAUCCGCGGGUCGUAUCACUCAAGCCGGAUUGGCUGCAAGGAGCCCAGAAGGCACAGCUGCCAAAGCCAUGGCUAUUAAAGGCCACGAGGAUCUGUGGGUGGAAAUCCAAGCUAACACGUUUAGGAACUGGGUCAAUGAGACAUUAAAGCCAGCAAAUAUUAAGGUCGUAGACUUGGUGGAAGAUUUAAGGGAUGGCACCGUUUUGUGUUCCCUGGUAGAAGCUCUACAAGGAAGAAGGCUCAAGGGUUGGAGUUCAAAGCCUAGCAACCAACACCAUAGAUUAGAGAAUGUUACCACCGCACUACAAGCCAUUGAAGACGAUGGUGUUAAACUUGUGAAUAUCGGUAACGUGGAUAUUGUAAAUGGAAAUCUGAAACUAAUAUUGGGAUUAAUCUGGUCUCUCAUCGUCCGUUACCAAAUAGGAAGGAGCAAAUUCCCGCCCAGGAAGCUUAUGCUAUCAUGGCUACAAGCAGCUCUACCGGAGUGCAAAGUCAACAAUUUAACCACAGACUGGAAUAGUGGAAUCCUUCUUUCAGCUCUGCUCGAUUACUGCAAACCAGGAAUAUUCCCAAAUUGGAAAGAAUUAAAUCGUCACGAAGCAAUCGAAAACUGUCGCAGAGCUAUGAGGCUGGCUCAUAGAGAACUCGAAGUACCAAUGGUAUUGGAGCCAGAAUACUUGGCAUCGCCAUGGCUGGAUGAGCUUUCUGGAAUGACCUAUCUGUCCUACUUCAUGAAACCAGACUCCUCGGGUAUCAAGUCAACUUUAGAUUGGGUCAACUCUCGCUUGGAGCGACCUAUUACAAAUUUCACGACUGAUUGGAACGACGGUCGUGUAGCCAACGAGCUUGUCAGAUCCAUGGGAGGGCCAGCGCCACCGCCGAACAGGCUCCGACGUGAUCCGGCCAAGUGGGAGGAGAACUGUCAAAUGGCUAUCGAUGCUGGCAAGAAACUGGGAGUUCAACCGGUGCUGUCAGCAAAGGAUAUGAGCCAAAGUGAUGUGGAACAUCUUGGUGUUAUGUCGUGGGCAGCACAAUUCCGAAACAUACCACCACGACCGCCAGUCCAUGAUAUGCUGCGAGUAGCCCUCGAUUCAACAUCAGGCAGAGUUGGGGAACCUACUUACAUCAAAGUGGAAAGCAUAUCAAACGAGUUAUCGAUUUCUGACGUGAAAGUGUCUAUAGUUAACCCACUGGAACAGGAAUCAAGACUAAAAUUAGACACAAAAGGCGCGGGCGAAUUCGUGCCUGAACACGCAGGCAUGCAUGAGAUCGUCCUUACAGUUGAUAAUAUUAGGGUGGAUGGAAGAUAUUUUUUCCGUGUUCUACCUCGUGUUGUCUCAGUUCCACCACCAGGCAUGGCGCCUUGUGCUGCUGGUAGUAUCGUUGAAGUACUCGUGAGUGCUACAGGUGCACCCAGAAGACAGGAUAUAGACGUAACAGCCCACUCUCCAAGCGGUCGAGCUGUUCCCUUAGAACCUCGUCAUCCACCUCCAUCAGCUCCAGGAACAACUGCCUCCAGCGCAAUCUUUCAACCAGAUGAAGCAGGAAUUUGGACGAUUGCUAUCACAUACAAAGGGGAACACAUACAAGGUGGCCCAUUUACAUGUGAAGUUUUCGACCCAGCUGGAGUACGUCUUAGUCCCGGAGCUCUUGAAGGUGCUGAACCUCUCAAGCCUCAUUCUUUCGAAUUAGAUACUAAAGGCUGUGGUGUCAAGGGUGACCUACAACUAGAUAUUGUUCACGAUAAACGUAGCGUGAUGUGCGCUCUUGAAAAAUUAUCCACAACUAAGUAUCGUGCAACAUUCUUGCCAAAAGCUGCAGGGAAACACAGAUUAUACAUCUAUUUCAAUGGCUACGAUGUCCAUGGUUCGCCGCACGUAUUUAGAGUUGGUUCCCGCUCUAAGAAACCUCGAGACAGUGCGAGUCCCUCAAGCCCUGCCUACGCAAGAAUCUCCAGCCCUGUAACAAGAAUGCGAUCAGAGAGUCCUCUCAAUAACUACAAUUUGUAUGAAAGCAAUACAACAAAGCAGGCUUCGCGUUCAAUAGAUCGGCGCGAAGAUCGUCGAAACUCGAACGAUUUUUACAAAUCAUCGUUUGGAUCGGAUACAAAAGAAAGGAAUUACGAUGUCACUGAUUCGUUUUCGAGAAUAAAUAAACAAAGGGAAAGUUCUAACACUUUAUACGAUUCGGAGACUUCUAGGAAUAGAACAAGUAGUCCGAUUACAUCGAAACACGAUGUGACCGAAUCAUUUACUAAUUCGAGAAUAAAACAGAAGGAGAGUUAUACUUCACACGAUCCCGAUAGUCCUAGGAAUAGAAAUGCUAGUCCGAUCACAUCAAAACACCUAGGGAACGGUUCAAGACUUGAUUUUGCAAGGUCGAGUAGUCCUUACCGAGCUACCAGCCCAUACAGAGCUACGAGUCCUAUCGGUCGAACGAGUCCGCUAACGAGAAAGGAUAGUCCAUUGAAUAGGACGAACAGUCCAAUUAACAGGGUCAGCAGUCCCAUCGAUCGUUACAGUCCGGUGACAACAACAAAGCGUGUUGUUGAAAAGCGUUCGAAUUAUAAAGUAUACAGUUCGUUUAGCGGCUCCCAAGACAAUAUUGAUCAAAGCAGUCCGUUGUCAUCACUUGAAACAGACAGGGUGAAGAGAUAUGGCAGUCCAAGCACAGCGGAUACAAGCGAUCCGGGAGGAAAAUAUCGCUCGCGAAACGAUUCCUGGGAGACGGUGGAGAAAACGAGGCAAAUGUUUAAAAAUAACAGCCUAGAUUCCAGUCGGUACGGACAAAGCACGCUGGAGCGAGAGACUCAACGGAACACUCAACUGAAUAAGUUUAGCGAAUUCUCGCCGGAUUCCUUCAAUCGUCAUCUCGACAGAUUAGUCGACGAACGAGAUUCUGACACUUAUACAAGUCGCCAAGAGAUCACAAAACGAGAGGUUCGUGAGAGUUCAUACGUGGUGCGAGACUCCUCGUACAGCAGUGUGGAAGAAAAGCAACAGCAGUCUUUUUUAUCCAAUAGGCCCCCCCGCGACCCAACCGGGGGGGCCCGCACUGAAACGGACGCUUCUCACGCCCGCUUCAGACCAAUUCAAAGGGAUAACAAUAGAGGUGCAAAAGGAAUAGUCAUAAAACCGACGUAUAAAGGAAUUGUAGGACAACCUGUUGAAUUUAUAGUGGAUGCAAGUCUUGCUGGGCCUGGUCAAUUGGAACUAGAGGUGUCUGGGGGUAAUGGAACCCUCGUGGCAAGCUCGGUGCGACCACUUGGAGGUCACAAAUACAUGGCUGCCUUCACACCACGCGUCGCCAAACCACACUCAGUCAGAGUUACCUUCAACGAGGAACAUGUGCCAGUUUCCCCGUGGACCGUCGAAGUGAUGGCGGGGCCGGCGGGCGGCGGGGGCGAACCCACCAGACUGAUACCCGCGCGAGUGCCUGCCGUCUUCGAGAUCUCCACCUCGCCUGGAGCCCCAGCAUUCAGCAAGAAUGAGGUCGGAGUCACGGUCACAGCCCCGUCACGUCGUCCUGUGACAGCACGGGUUCUCGAUGUAGCUGAACGUCCCGGAGUCUACCGUAUAGAGUUCACUCCUGAAGAAGUUGGAACACAUUUGAUUGAUGUAUCCAUCGGUGAUGACAAGUUAGCAGCUGGUCCGUUAGUCGCGAAGGUGUACGACUCGAGCCUUAUUAAAGUGACGGACGUGGGUAACGCUCUGGUCGGACAACAAUGUCAGUUUAGAGUGGACGCCAGUGCUGCCGGAGAAGGCCAAUUAGAAAUUUCAAUCAACGAGGGCGAAGUCCCCAAUCAUGUACAAGUAGUUGGUGGCGGACGGUGUUUAGUAUUUUGGAGACCAGAAACAGCGACGCCCCAUAGAGUUGACAUCAAAUUUAAUGGAGAACCAGUUCCAUCGUCGCCCUUCAUAUUUCACAUAUCACCCGCGCAAAGAGUUACUAUAGAUACUUCCCAAAUCGAACUCAUACCGGUUGGCGAAGUUGCAUCAUGUUCAGUAAGAGUGGAAGGAUCUGGCGGCGGAGAACUCACCGUAACUGUCAAAGGCCAAAGAGGAGACGUUCCAGUACGACUCACUGGGGAAGCUGUCUCAGGCCUAGUCGCUAGUUUUACACCGAAAUAUGUUGGCCCGCAUACUCUCACCGCUCAUUAUAAUAAUCAACCUGUGCCCGGCACACCAUUUGUAUGCAAAGCAUAUGACAGUAAACUUGUAAGUGUCACGGGUGGAGCAUCUGCACGUAUUGGUGUACCAGUACAGCUCGCAGUGGAUGCUGCCCAGGCUGGGGAAGGAAAUCUAGAAAUUACUGUAGCAGCUAGAGGACUCAAUAUACCAACACAAGUUCAUCCACAAGGAAAUGCAAGAUUCACUGUCUCAUUCACACCAACAGAAGCCUGCGAGCACAUUGUGAAUGUGUCUUUUAAUAAGAUGCGAGUGCCGGGUUGUCCUCUUAUUAUAGACGUGUCAGAGGGUAGUGGGGUUGGUGCGAGGGUAACUUUACCGGGGCCUGUACCAUUACAUCAGCCUGCAUCGCUGACCUUACACCAUCCGUCUGCGACACUUGAUCAAAUUGAAGUCAAUGUUGAAGGUCCGAACGGGGCGUCAGUGCCGGCGGCUGUGGCGGUGGCUGGCCCGGGAACUUUCAGGGCUGAGUUUGUACCGCGGGCCGUCGGGGAGCACAGGCUUAAUGUGCUUGUUGACUCCACGCCCAUACCAGCAAGCCCUUUCCAUUUAAAGGUCUAUGACGUCACAGCGAUAAAAGUCAAAGACGUCGCCCACGGGACCGUCGGCAAGGCUGUGACUUUUUUGGUUGAAACAAUGGCGGCUGGUCCUGGGAAUUUGGAGGUAACGGUGAAUGGUGGUAGAGUACCAACAGCGGCUGCAGCUCAAGGAGCCCACACUUACGCAAUCAGCUUUACACCCCGAGACCCAAGACCACACACUGUAGAGCUGCGCUUUAAUGGAGACCACGUUCCAGGCAGCCCUUUCGUGUGUCACGUGUCAGCGCCCGCGCGUGUCAUCGGCGCCGGAUCUGGUGAAUCACCGGACAAGGUGUCCGUUGGAGACGCGUACACCUUCAGCGUGGACUCUCCGACUUCGCCGCAUGUUGAAGUACUGGGACCAGCUAGAAGACCUGUAUCUGUACAGGUUUCAGCAGAAGACACUAUAGGCGAGAAUGAGCCGAGCAAGAGGUAUACCAUCUCGUUUGUGCCGGUCGAUGUUGGUGAUCACAGCAUUGAGGUAAGGGCUGGUGCCAUGGGUGGGCAUGUCGAAGGCAGUCCCUUCCUGGUGAAAGCCUACAACGCUUCAAGGGUCUCAGUCACGGACAUCUCGCCAGGUGUCGUCGGGAAGCCUGUGGCGUUCACUAUAAACGCGUCACAUGCUGGCGCCGGCAAUUUGGAGAUCAUAGUCGCUGUUAAUGGAAGGAACGUCCCCAAUUACGUCCAAAGCGAAGGAAAUGCGAGAUUCAAGGUGAACUUCAAGCCCACUGAGGCAGCGCCCCACACACUGUCAGUCCGUUUCAACGGUCAUGCGGUCCCCGGGUCACCCUUCACCUGCAUCGUGUCCGCUCCAGCAGCUGCAGCUGAUGCUCGAGCCGCUGGACCUGGGUUGACCUCCGCGCCUCGAGGAGAACCAGCUGAAAUACAGCUUACUGGAUUCCAUACCGGCGAGCCGACAAUUUUCGUGACCGGUCCCGGCGGUAGUAACGUGCGUACCCGUGUGACGUCACUUUCUGACGGUCGCUACACUGGUACGUACACCCCGGAGGCUGUUGGACGGCACAGUGUUCAGGUUCAGUGCGCCGGGCGGCAUGUACCCGGGUCACCCUUCACCUGUAACGUGUAUGAUGUGAGGAGGGUCAGGGUCACGGGACUUGGACCGGGAGAACUGGAGGGUACAUUGGAAGGUCUAAACCUCGACGAAGGCGCUGAAGAAGAGCGUGGUGUUGAAGUAGGGAAACCGGUUACAUUCAGUGUAGACGCAGCGGGGGCUGGUGAAGGGACACUUGAGCUGGUGGUAUCUACACCGUCAACUACUGUUAAGGCGGAGGUGGUGGCUGUGGCCCGAGGUCUCUAUGACGUCACGUUUAUCCCUGUAUCCCGCGAACCUCACCGCGUGUCCGUCACUUUUAACGAACAAGCCGUCCCGGGAAGCCCGUUCGUGUGUCGAGUCAACGAACCGCAUACAUACGUACAAAUAGGCGGACUAGCAACCAUAGAAAUCGAUGAGAACCUAUCGGAUGUGGAAGUGAUAUCUCCAAACGGAAACCGGAUAUCAGAGGCUAAUUUGGAGGACACGGGUCUCUUGACAUUCCCGGCGAAUCGCGUUGGAAGAUACCUCGUCAAGACUCAAAGAGGUCCCAUUGCGGAGGUUGAAGCCUUGGAUCCAUCAGCUGUUAAGGUGCUGUCCAUUGGAGAAGCAGUCGCCCAUCGACCAGCAAUACUCACUGUGAGUACAUCCGGUGCGGGCGCUGGUCGUCUUUCGGGUCGCGUCUGGUGUGGUGGGGUUUCCGUGGCCCACUCGGUGAGGCGAAGGGGCGGACGCUCCGAGCUGGUUUGGCACCCGGCCCGGCCUGCGCCUCACAGGAUCACACUCACUUGGAGCAAUGUACCAGUGUCAAGGGAGCCAAUCAUCGUAGAUGUACUACCAGCUCAUCACGGACAGGAGGUAUCGGCUUCCGGUUUAGGUCUAUACCAGGCUCAAGUCAACAAGGUGGCAUCGUUUAGUAUCGACACCCUAGGCCGUCCUGCGAGAGAAUUUGACGUAGUGGUAUCCGGUCCAGGCUCCAGAGCACUUCCGGUCAGAUGCUAUCAAACCAAAUCUGGCUUCCUGCAAGCGGAAUACUCUAUCAAUGAAGUCGGACAGAGCACUAUUGAAGUACUUCAUCUCUCAAAACCGGUAACCGGCAGUCCAUUCAUAUGCGAGUCCUUUGAUCCCAACAAAGUCAUCAUAUCAGGAUUCCCGACAGGAAAUGUCAUUGCACAGACGCCCAUCAACUUUACAGUUGACGCAAAGGACGCGGGUAUCGGUGAGUUGGAGGUGAUAUGUGAUUCUAUGGGGGACAAACGUAUCAGACUUCCGAUUGAUAUACGAGAAGACGGACAUACAUACAAGGUCAGGCUAAGACCGACCGUGCCGGCGCAUUAUAGGAUUUAUAUCACUUAUGGAGGUGCUCCAGUAUCUGGUAGUCCGAUAUCUCUGGGGGUGUUGAGCGGUCGUGCCAGUAACGCGGCGCGUUGUUCCGGCACAGGUCUAGCACACGCUCAUGUUGGCAAAGAAGCAGCUUUCACUAUACACUGUGUGGAGGACAACCCGCCGACCGUACAGGUUGAGAAACUGACGGAUAGCAAGGAGGAUGAAACAGAUUCUGGUCUGUUAGAGUGCCGCGUGGUGCCGGGGGCUCAUAGAGAAUGGCUCUGUGCGUACAUACCACUAGUGGUGGGGCUUUAUGAGGUCAGAAUACACUCAGCAUCGGGACCACUGCCCGGAAGCCCAUUCUCCGUCAAGGUGAUAGAUACAUCAGCUAUAACAGCUGUGGGCGGUUGGGGCGCUGAUAAUUCUGGCCGUGUGAGAGCUCCUUCCAAGAUAGUACUGGACACAAGUAACGCUGGGCCCGGCACCCUCGAGUGUCUGUUGGCUGGGAGACAUCAACGUGUGGAGACGGUAUCUGGUCGUGCUGUGGUGACUCUGACGGCUGCUGAUGGUGUCAGUGGUGAGCAGGAGUUGGAGAUGACGUACAACGGGGCCUUGGUCUCAGGUGCUCCGAGGAAGGCGCUGGUGGCAUCAGGGAACACGGCUGAUAGAGUCACAUUGGCCGGUCGAGGGUUGGCCCACGCCGCGCCACACACCCCAGCUGUCUUCACUAUAGAUGGAAGUGCUGCAGGACCUGGAGCUCCGGAAGCGUUUCUGACCUCACCAGAGGGUGAGUCGAUGUCAGUGGCGCUGGCAGCAGCUGGUCCAGGGUUGUGGCGAGCCACUUACACCCCGCGACGACCUGGAGACCACACGCUUAGGGUUAUAUGGGCCGGAAGACUCGUUAAAGGAUGUCCCCUAACUGUGAAGGUGGCGUCUGGUUCUGAUAGUGGCGACGCGUCUCGUGUAGUGUGUUCCGGGGCGGGACUCGCCGGGGGAGUGGUGGGGAGGGAGAUACGAUCCUGGAUAGACACGAGACGAGCCGGGCCCGGAGAACUGAACGCUCAUUGUACCGGACCCAACAAGGUGGCGUACUGCGAGCUGUACGAGCACGGUGACGGCACGUUCACUUUGAACGUGAAGCCGGCGGAGGCUGGUCGACACGUGCUGAGUAUUCAGUUCGCUGGAGAACAUGUACCAGGGUCACCAUUCUCACUCAAAGUGGCCGGGGCGCCAGACCCGUCUAAAGUUCGAGUGUACGGACCGGGAGUCGAACCCGGGGUCCUGGCAACGUUCCAAUCCCGCUUCCUGUGCGAUACUCGUGGGGCCGGCGCGGGACAACUGACGGUUCGAGUGAGGGGACCCAAAGGGGCCUUCAGGGUGGAGAUGCAGAGAGAAAACCAGAAGGAUCGAACUAUACUUUGCAAAUUCUCCCCCACGGAGCCGGGUGACUACCGCGUUGAAGUGAGAUGGGCUGGGCGUCAUGUACCGGGGUCACCUUUCCCGGUCAUGAUUUUCGACACGCAAGAGGAACUACGCAGAUACUUACAAGUCACCGCCACAUAAUGUUACCAACAUAACUGGCAACAAUAUAACACAUACAGUCACGACACUGGCAACACUAAAAAUAACAGUUGAUAUUAUUAAUUAACACCUGAUACUGGCAACACUGGAAAUCGUAGCCGUCACACGUUUAAGCCAUUGUAAUGAACAAAUAUUGUAACAAAUUUCAUUUAUUAUUAUAAAAUGUUAAUACAUUGCCAUAUAACAAAAUAUAUGAAAUCUUUUUGGUUAAUAUUAAUUUCUUGUUCUGUUAAAAAUGUAAAUCUUAAUCACAUCGGUCUGAUGGUAAUUAUAUAAAAAAAAGCAUAAUAAAAAUAUAAUGUUUAUUUGUUGAUAUUUAUUAAUAACUUAGUGUAGGCGCCAUCUUAUAUAUGUAACUAACAUAGUUCUUGUGAUAAAUUUAAUAAAAACGAAUGAUAUGUACGCGGCUGUAUACAUUUCUAUUAACCCCUGAGAAUUAACGUGUAUGUAUGUUUAUGUAACAAAUUGAUACAAACCACACGAACAAUGUAAAAACUCGACUGUUUAAAUACCGAUAAGUUACUAAUUGUUAAUAAAUUUAUCAUUAUUA